AUGGCCUUCCUUCGCGGAAUUACCAACCACCUGUGGAACUAUGUGAGUCCGCGCAAGACGCAGCAGAAGCGAGAGAAGCCCUUUGCUUUCAAGAAGCCUGCGAUUCCCGUCAGAAACCCAACUCCGCCAAAGGAUUUGGAGAGAGCACCCACAAGACAAAUCAGCCCGGAAGCGCACGCCACGAAACAGGAACCCCGGUCAGACAGCCCUCAACAAAUCGACUUCGAUGCCAUGUUUCUGCCUCCCUCACCACCUGCCUCAGCUAUGCUCUCGGAAGAUUUGGAAGGCGAUACUUUGUUAACAGAGUCGCCCAUCGGUGUCAAAGCUGGUGGGUCGUCAGCGGAUGAAUGGGAUGCCAAUGAAGAGACCAUGGUCGUGGACGAUGGGACCUACAUGGAGCAGCACAAGAGGAUCGACGUUGAGAUUGAGAGAGUCAGGCGAGACCAGCAAGGCCGUGACUUGCGCGACGCGGGAUGGUCAGAAGACGCUGUCUUCCUAUUUCAAAAGCUGGGCAUGCGCGGCUUUGAGCCCCUCUUGCCUAUUUCCUGGAUCAACGACUUUGAGACAGUCCCUGAAGAUCUUUUCACCGAGAAACUCGACAAAGCCUUCAUCAAGCCCGCGUUUGGAACAGACUACAGUGCCCAAAACGCUCUCAACAGGCUCUUUGAUCUCGGAGGCUUCGUCCGCGACGCCUGGCACACGCGCGCGAAGCGCACUCCGGCAUUCCACAUCGGCAAAGCAGUCAAGGCCUACACCAAGUGGGCAAUGAAGGAUGGCAGAGUCGACCACCUCUGGGCCCGCCUUCCGCUUUUCCACACCGUCACCUUCUCUCGCCACGUGCACCCGUCCGUUGGAGAGGAAAAAAUGGUCGAGAAGCUUGGACGCCUAUACGAGCUUUGGUACGAAGCUUUGCAGAUUGAACAAGCCGAGCUGCGUGGCGACACAAUCGUACCAGACGUCCCUACACUGUACGGCAUUACAGCCUCGCAUUCCGUCAUGGCUUUCGUCAGCUAUGCGCCACCGACCGAGAUGAAGGAGCAGCCCCAGCUGCGAUUGAUUGCCAUGUUCGACUUUGCAAAGGAGGGCUACGAUGUCUGGAACUCGCUCGCAAUGGCCAUCUUCAUCAUCCACUGCAGAAACCGGAUGAUGCAGCUCACCGAGUGUUUGUCUGAACCAGAGGUUUCGACAGAGGAAGACCCCGAUCUUUGA